AUGGACCGCCUUACGUUGGCUCUUCCAGGAGUCAGAGUCGGCAUUGAAGAUCCCAUCUCCCAGGAUGUCGAAGAUCUCCAGGAACUGGGCGCCCUUUGGGUAGUUGACGAAGUUGGCGUUGAAAAUGUGGUUGAUGUUAGCCGGAUCGAUGGUGAUGAGAAUGUCCAUGCCGGAGAACCAGGGUCCCUUGAACAGGAAGGUGGAACCGACGAUGGGGAUGAGAUCUACGCACCACUCGUAGAAACGGUGGAUCUGGGUGAGGACGCUAGGGAACAUGCCCAGGAGAGGCCAGUUCCUGGGGACGCGGCUACGGCGUAUCCCACUGUAGAAGAAGAGGACGACAAAGGAGACGAGAGACAGAAGGGUCUCCGGAUAGGCCACUGCGAGCUUCACGAGGCUCGUGAUUAUGCCCAUUGGGGAGAGUGACGGAGAGAUAGGAGAGAGGGGAUUGGGAAUGGGAUGGGAGAGGACAUUAGUCCUAAGGGAAAGAUUUUGUAGCAUUGGCAAGGUUCUGCCCUCUCACAGAGAAGACGAUCCUCUGUGUGUGCUUCUUGAUUCUACCCAAUUAAUCAUGGCCAUCCACGUGCACUUCUGACGGUAGAAGUCACUCCGAUUGUCUUAAAAUAACCCAACGGACAGUGGUGUCAUUAGGAGUUCUUUUAAUGGAGCAAACGCUAUCGGGUUGACCUCUGCAUGCAUGAUAGGGGGCGACUAGGGCUGUGAAAGGGAGUUAUAGUUAUUGGUGUCGAAGAUAACUUAUCUAAAAUAAUCAUUUGCAUAAACAAUGUACGGAAGGCGGUCUAAGUGACAAAUCGAUCGAGAUUGACCAACUCUCUCUCUCUCUCUUCCUCCUCCUCUCCCCCUCUCUCGCUCGCUCUUGUCGGUGACGACUGUCAUCUAAUCGUCGUUGAACAAUUGGAUAGCCUUGAACGGUUAGAGAGUCACCUCUUCCCUCGACACGGAGGAAUAUCACCUUGAACAGUUAGUCUCGCAGGGAAUGUAUUUUUUGGUAGAAGCACCGUUUUCCUUAGCGCAUUCGAAAUGCAAUAGUUUUAAUACGUAUUAUUUUUGGAAGGCACAAAUAAUCGAAUUGUUAGAAGCUUUUAUGAAACAAGGUCGAAGACGAUUAUUGACGUGGAGGAAUACGUACUAAUAAGACUAAAAUACCCCAGUUGGUUAGGAUCCGUGACUUCAAUGCCCUUGUGAAUCUACAAGCACGUAGAGAGACAUCCAAAGGUGCUUUCAUGGGUAAACAAAGUCUUAUUUGAGUGGCUGAAAACAAGUGACCGGUGACUAGGCAGAUUAAAUUCCUUUACGUCACUGAUAUCAAUGGAAUGCUACGGAACGCAGGCUCUUGCAAUAAGAUACAAGUUUGAGGCUAAAGCGACUGGCAGCGGAUAA